AUGGUCGUUGCCAAGCAGGCUGCGCUGACGAGAAGCUCGCUUCAGAGCCUCACUCCGCUGCUUGGUAACCCUCGUCGGGGUGCCGACAGUCGGGCGCUCAAUCUCGCGAAUGGUCGCGGCGUUCUGGGUCUUGGCCUGUGCCUUCAGGCGCUGAUACUCUUGACGGUGGAGGUGGACCGUGAACCUCUGAGCAACCCCAAGGAGCUCGUCGUCCACCAUCCGAUACCUGUCAUCGUUGAACGGGCCAGCAAUCAUGAACCUGGGGGUGUGGUUAGCGGGACGUUCCAACGAGUGGAAGGCGAUGCUCUUACUCCUCUUGAGGCGGCUCAGGUGGUGGAGAAGUAG